AUGACCAUUUUGCUAAUUUCUCCGAUUGCUCUAUUCGUUCUUUUGUUUUAUAUGAAGGACAUGGAGCUCUUCUUUUAUUCGCUUCUCCCAAUCUUCAGGGACAUUUUCUCUCAGGAAACAAAAAUUACAUUUGGUGCAAAGUUGCGCCUCGUCGUGUCCGACACCUCACGCACAUACACAACACAACAGUCCUCGCAUCCAAUGCCGUCCCUCACCAGAAUCGCCAGGUAUGCUGACAAGCCGGCCAAAGCACCCGCAGACGCCGCCGAGAAGCCCAAGUCGGACCAGGAGAAGGCGCAGCUGCGCCGCGCUCAGGUGCGCCGCGCGCAGAUCCAGCACCGCCAGCGCAAGGCAAACUACACCAAGCAGCUCGAGAUUGACGUCUCGGAGCUGCGCGACCUCGUCUCCCUCACGGAAAAGGAGACGGCCGCGCUGUUCAAGGAAAACUCCCUCAUCCGGGAGGCCCUUGAGAAUGCCGGCCUGCCGCUCGUCACGGCGACGCAGCAGUCUCCCGAGGCGGCGGCGGCGGCGAUGCAGCAGGUGCGUCUCGACGCUGGCCCCGUCGGCUCCCCCGCCGCCGUGGAGGAAUCGCCCGAGCUGUUCGGGGACAUUGACAUCGACGACCUGACGGUGACGCUGAGCAUGGACGCCGCGCUCGGCGCGCCGUGCUUCCACAUCAGCUCCAACUCGUCCGGCGCCAGCGUCGCCGCCGAGACGCCGAGGCGGACCAUAGCCGGCGUCGCCCUGACGUGGGAGCAGGAGCAGCGAGCCGUCAACUUUAUCCUCGGCCUCGAGCACUGCUGCUGGAACCACUUCUCCCUGGGCGACUUCCACCUGCACGACCCGGCCCUCUGCUCCGAGACGGAAAGGGGCCACGCGCUCAUGGCCAGCGCGUACUGCAUGGCCUCGGCGCCCGAGAGCGUCUACACGGGCCGCGCCGCCCUCGAGGCCAGGCCCGGCAAGGCGGCGAGGCCCAGCUUCCAAUGGGGCGCGUCGGGCAUCACGCUCGAGUCGCUGCACGGGCUCGCCGCCUCGCUCAACCCCGGCGACCUCGAGGUCACGCCCGUGCAGGCGUGGUUCGAGCUGGCGAGCCGGUACCCCGUCGAGGUCUUGCUCGGCGGGACAGUGCUGGACACGCUGCAGAGGGAGUUCAACGGCGUCGUGCGCUGCGUCAUGUACGGCGCCGUCAUUGAGAGGAUUGCCUUUGAGAGCAUUAUUGCGAGGGUGCUGGGCCCGUCCGAGGGCUCGCUGUGGGCUUGA